UUUUGUGUCUGGCAUUUGUGGAGGAACUUCUCCAAACAGUAGGGCAGCGUCGAGCUUAAGGACUUGGUCUGGGAGUGUGCAAGAUCGAGGACCCCAGUUGAGUUCGAAAGGAAUAUGACUAGAAUCAAGAGGAUUAAUCAACAAGCUUGGGAAUACUUAGCCAAGUGGCCGAAUGAAGCUUGGACCAAAGCCCAUUUCAGUGAAGGGCCAAAGGUCGACAACAUUUGCAACAACGCUUGUGAAUCCUUCAAUGCAAAGACAAAGAAUGACAGAGGUAAGCCUAUUCUGAGCUUGGCAGAGGAGGUACGAAGAAUGGUUAUGAAAAGCAUGUCUGACAAUAGACUGAAGCUUCUGAGUUAUCAACGAAUACUUACUCCAGUUCAGCAAAGUAGGCUAGAAUCUCUUAUUAAGUUAUCCAGAAACUGGGCUCCCUACUGGUCGGGUGAUGCGAAAGAGGAAGUCUACGAAGUUCAAGGAUGGCCUACUAAUAUGGUGGUAGAUUUGGGGAACCAUACUUGCUCCUGCAGGUUUUGGCAGUUGACAGGAAUGCCUUGUAUGCACGCAAUAUCAGCCAUUCAAAAAAAAUGAUAAGAGGCCUGAGGAGUAUU